AUGCUGCUAAAGCAACUGCAAAAGGGGCUACCUUCCAACGAACCAGGUCCUCGGCAUAUUGGCGCUAUCGGCAGAGUCAUUCAAUGCCUAUACAAGCCCUGA